UGGCGGGGUCGCGCGGGUGGGCGCGGCCACAGCACCAUCUUCCGCGGCUGGCUGGUCGGCUUUGCGCGGGCCUGAGCGACUCUCCCUGGCCAGAUGGCGCCGCGGCCGCUGGGCCCAUUGGUGCUGGCUCUGGGUGGCGCCGCGGCCGUGCUGGGCUCGGUGCUGUUUAUCCUCUGGAAAGCGUACUUUGGCCGCGGCCGGGAGCGGCGCUGGGACCGAGGCGAGGCCUGGUGGGGCGCGGAGACCGCCCGCUUCCCUCAGUGGGACGAAUGGGAGCCCGAGGACGAGGAGGACGAGCCGGCAUUGGAGGAACUGGAGCAGCGCGAAGUGCUAGUGCUGGGCUUAGACGGCUCUGGGAAAAGCACGUUCCUGCGCAUGCUGUCUGGGAAGCCACCGCUGGAAGGCCACGUCCCCACCUGGGGCUUCAACUCCGUGCGGCUGCCCACCAAGAAUUUCGAGGUGGACCUGUUAGAGAUUGGAGGCAGCCAGAAUCUGCGCUUCUACUGGAAGGAAUUUGUCAAUGAGGUAGAUGUGCUGGUGUUCAUGGUGGACUCGUCUGAUCGGCGACGGUUGCCCCGGGCUCGGCAGGAGCUGCAGAAACUGCUGGACAAGGACCCUGAUCUGCCUGUUGUUAUAGUGGCCAACAAGCAGGACCUGAGUGGAGCCAUGAGUAUGGUGGAGCUGCAGCGGGAGCUGGGCUUGCUUGCUAGUCACAACCAGAGGGAGGUUUUCCUCCUGGGGGCCAGCAUUGCCCCUGAAGGAUCUAACUUCGAGGAACCUGGCACCGUGCGCAUCUGGAAACUGCUCUUGGAGCUUCUCUCCUAACUGGGGCCACCCGCUUGCUGCCCAGCCUUGGAGGCCACAAUUCUGCUUCCUCCUGCAUCUUCAUUGCCAGCCUAGGCCUUGGGCAGGAGCACUGUAGCAACACCUCCUUUGUCCGCUCAGGAGCAUGGCCAGAAUCAUGUAGAAGCCUUCCUGAUGAGCGGACUUGGGGCAGGUGUCAGGCAGAGGAGAUGGUGACUGCUUCACAUAGUGUAGCUCCAGCUCCGCUCGCCUUUCCACACAGGUAAUGCUCAGCGGGCUUAGUGCUCCUUCCCCGCAGGCCCUACUGGCUGACCAACCAGUGUGGGUGUCAUAGGUACUCCUGAGCCCCCCUUUUCACUGUUCCCUCCUGGUGACAUCAGACACUGUCCAUGUGGGAAGGUUCUGGGUGGAGCACAGUAAAUCCUUGCUCCCAGGCCCUCAUCACCCUCUAGCCCCUGCUUUGUCUGUGGCCUUGUGUUUCUGCCUUUCUGGCCCCACGGCCAUCAUUUUUAAAAGGAGGUGAUUUCCUAGGUUUUUUUCUAAAUGCCAGUCCUGGCAAUGCCAAAUAAGGACCAACUUGAAGACUUUAGCAGAGAAUACUCUGAACACCUCCCUGCUGUUAAGGCCUGGCCUGCCAGCCUUUAUUGACCACAAAGUGCAGUUCACCACACAGGGUGAAGGAGAUGACCUGAUGCUUUUGUACUAACUUUGCCAAUGCCCAUGUUUACACAAGUGUAGAGAAAGAAGGAACCUGAGUACUGGAACGAGACUGGAUUGGGGGGGGGAGGGGGCAUCUUAUUUAUUUAUUUAUCAAAGGAAUAGGCCAAAGUUCAAGGUUGUGUUUAUAGGUGCUGUAAUCAAAACCCUAGAUUGUCACAGAAAACUUGAAGCUUUGAGAAUUGUCUGGAAUCAUGAUGGACACUGAGGUAACCUACAGGUAUCAAUGGAGACAGAACUAUAGCUCCCUCUCCCCGCCCCAGCCUUGAGACCAUAACUGGAGACAAGCACUUCAAGGGAACUUAGUACAUUGAUUCUACUAUACGGCCCAGGACAUAGGACAGGACUAGUAGAAGAGCCAUCAGUGUGGCUUUGGGUACAUCAUCCAGCCUUCUGGGAUCAUUUAUUUGCCAGAAAACAACGAAAUUCUGUGUUCUCUGCAAUGAACAUUCCGUGACUGUGGCAAUCAAUGCAAAAACGGUCUUUGUGCUGACACUGAUGCAAGCAAAGAAACUUUGGUCUGCCAAGGCUGCUGAAUGAGAGAACACCUACGGACUGCUUUUCUUUAAGGCUUUACUCCCUCCCCCCUUUUUUUGAGACAAGCUGUUACUCUAGCCCAGGCUGGCCUUGAGUUCAUGGAAGUCGUCCUUCCUCAACCUCCCAUGUGCUGAUUUCAGGAAGCAUUGAGCCAUCAUGCCUGGCUUUGUUUGCAUUUUGAGAAUACGUUGUUUACCAAUUGCCCAACAUAUAGCCUGGGAAGUGGAAAGCUUACAAGUUGAAGUGAGCAGAGUUAUCAGAAGAGGGACCCACUGUGCCCUUAGACUCCUGCCCAUAAGAAUGGAAUUAUCACAAGACAAAUCAGUCUCACUAGAAGUGAUUUUUCUGCUUUUGUAUUAAAUAUUUAAGGAAUGACUUGGAUUUUAGAGUAUUUGCAGUUUUGUUGGCUACUUCUCAUCUUGCCAUUAGGAAGUUUGUAUCAUUGUUCUCAGGAUUCCACCUUAUUCUCCAGUGCUUAAAGCUUACCUUGGAACCAGACUUGUUGAGAAGAACCCUUUUUUAUGGUUUAAAGUCCCUUGUCUAAUGAGUAUCAUUGUGUAUAACUGUCAUAGUCCCCCAGGUGGAGGGAUGAAUUUCAGAAUAAAGAGUUUCACUGUG